AGUCCUGAUGUCACUAAAGAGUACAUUGAACUGACAGCCUUCACAGAGCACAAUAGUCAGACAGGUGCUGUGACGCGCUCUGCUGGACGUCCUGCUCUGCUUAUCAGCAGCACCAGCUGGACUGAGGAUGAAGACUUCUCAGUUCUUUUACAAGCUCUUGAAGAGUAUGAGAAGUUUGUAGAGGCAGGACACAAACUUCCAUCAUUGGUUUGUGUGAUUACAGGUAAGGGUCCUCAGAAGGACUAUUACAAGAAGCUGAUUGACUCUAAAGAAUUUCAUCAUAUCAAGAUUUGCACUCCAUGGCUGGAAGCAGAGGAUUAUCCAGUUUUACUUGGUUCCGCUGAUCUUGGGGUCUGCUUGCACAAAUCCUCCAGUGGUCUUGACCUUCCAAUGAAAGUGGUCGACAUGUUUGGUUGUUGCCUGCCAGUCUGUGCCAUACACUUUCAGUGCUUGCAUGAGCUGGUGAAACAUGAGGAAAAUGGGCUCAUUUUCAAAGACUCCAAGGAGCUGUCUGAACAGUUAAAGCUUCUGCUUUCAGACUUCCCUAGUGAUCAGGGGAAACUGGGCAUCUUCAGGAAGAAUCUAAGGGAAAGCGGGCAGCAGCGCUGGGAUGAGAACUGGGACCAUAACGUCCUGCCACUUAUUAAAGAGCACUGUGACUGACUGUCUAGGUGAUGGGUUUAUCUAACGUUCUCUCAAAUCCUUUGACUCCCAUUCAAUGGAAAGUUACUGUCAGGUAUUUGCACAGGGUACACAAUUUUAAGCUAACUGUCCCCACAACGGGACAUUCAGCAUUCCAGCAAUGCAAUUGGGAAAGACUUGAAUAUGAGAAUAAAAAGCACACUAUCCUUGUAAAUAUUAUGUAAAUAAAUACUUUACUACAAAGA